AUGGGUUUCAAGGACCGCUUCAACAGAUUUAUGUACUGGGUCCAGCCCAACGUCACCGUUACCGGCCCCGACGAUUUCCGCGGCCGUGACCCCGCGACGUGGGACAUGGAGGAAAUCAAGGUGCGCUUCGCUGACCUCAUCGACGACGACGAGCACACCUACCAGCCCAACAUGGUCCAGCGCACGCUCGGCCAAGCAUGGGAUACCUUCCGUCUGCCGCCCAAGCAGCGGCGGUACAUGCAGAAGCUGGACGCAAACAUCUUGCUCUACGCCCUGCUCUCGUUCUUCAUCAAGACGCUCGACAACUCAAACAUCUCGAACGCGUACGUGUCCGGUAUGAAGGAGGACCUUCACCUUUACGGAAACGAGCGAAAUCUGUUUAGUACUAUGUUCAACUGUGGAUAUCUUAUUGGUGCGAUCCCGUCGCAGUUCAUGCUCAACCGUGUUCGUCCGUCUGUGUGGAUUCCUACUUGCGAGUUUAUCUGGUCCGGUCUUGUUAUGUCUAUCGCUGGUUGCAACUCCGCCCGUCCUAUCUAUGGUAUUCGUUUUAUGAUUGGUUUCUUCGAGUCGGUGGCCUACCCCGGUCUUGCGCUCGUCCUUGGUUCGUGGUACAGACCUUCAGAGCUGGCUAAGCGAAUGGAGCUCUACGAUGCCGCGUGGGCUAUCGCGUCCAUGUUCUCGGGCUACAUCCAGGCUGGUGUGUACUCUUCCAUGAACGGUCUCGCGGGCUUCAAGGGAUGGCAAUGGCUGUUUGUUAUCGACGGAAUCAUCUCGUUCCCGAUCGCCUGGCUCGGAUACUACUCGAUCCCCGAUUUCCCCAAGAACAACCACUCGCUCUAUCUCUCUGAGCUCGAGCGCGAGUACUCGUACGUGCGAAUGGAGCUCGUGGGCCGGAAAGCGCCCAAGAAGCUGACGAUGGGCCGGUUGGUCGGCAUGUUCAAGACCUGGCGUCCGUACGCGUUCUUGCUGCCCUGGUGCUUGUUCAACGUCAACGACACGACCGGAUACUUCAACCUGUGGCUCGACUCGCUCACCAAGGCCGACGGAUCGUCACUCUACUCGACCCAGCAGAUCAACCUGAUUCCCACCGGCGGCUACGCGAUCUCGCUCGUGAUUGGAUACCUGUCUGCCAACAUCUCGGACCGCGUCGGACACCGAUGGGCGUUCAUCCUGCACGCGGCGUCGUGGUGUUUCUUGGGUAACUUGUUGCUCGCGAUCUGGGAUAUCCCGUUCGGACUCAAGUACUUUGCCUUCUUCUGCCCCGAUAUCGGAUACUCGUCCUGGGGUAUGAUGCUCGCCUGGUCGGCCGAGGUGUUCCAGGACGACGCCGAGUUGCGCGGUAUGCUCCCCGCGACUGGUUCGACGAUCUCCUACGCGAUCAACGCGUGGCUGCCCAACGUCAUUUUCCCGACCGAGCACGCGCCGCAGUACAAGACGGGCAAGGGAUACCAGAUCAUCUCUGGUCUGCUCGUGCUCGAGAUGAUUGGCGUGCUGUUCAUGCUGUUUAUGUGGAAGCGCGAGGUGCGCAUGAAGGGCCGUGUUAUUAACAAGUACGGUCUUGCUGUUGAUGCCGAGGAGGCGGUUCAGCUCCAGACUGUCGGCGAGAAGGAGUUGCAGCAGACCGAGAAGGGGUUGUAUAACGUCAACACCCAGGAGGUCGGCGGCGAGAAGGUCAAGGUGAUUGAGGGCGUCGAGCCGGUGUCGAUGAAGGGAAGCGACUCGGACUCGGAUGCGGACGUCAUCAAGGAGAAGGAGGCGUAUUAA